GCCAUUUAUUUUUCAGGAUUUUUCCAAGGGGAUCGCCCCUGUUCUUUUCUGCCUCCCUUCCCUCCGGGCGAGCGGCAGCCCCCGGCUGUGGCCGGCGGCGGUGCUGCCGCCUUGUGGACAGAGAGCGGUACUGCAGCCCCCCCCAGCCAGCGCCCUGCCCCUCGCCGCUGGCUGCCGGCUGAGGGGGGAAGGACGGCUGCCGAGCGUGGGAAGGGCGAGGCGCGGGAGGGAGCGAGCGGCAAGCGGGGCGGUGUCUGUAAAUAGAGGGGAGGGGUGAAGGAGAUUCGGGAGAGCAAAGGGACCCGAUGACCGAGAAGAACGGCAGCGGCGAGGGCGGCCCGGCGGGGCCGCUUUCGGCGGGCGGCGGAGGCGCGGUCGCAGCGCUCACGGGCCGGGGGCGGCGGGCGGGGGGCGAGCGGCGUCGGAACAGGGCUGCACUCCCCUUUCCCGAUCCCCGCGCGCGUCCCUCUCUAGACGCUGGAAGCGACCGCGUGCCGGAAAAUGCCGCCGGGGCGGCGCGCAGGCGGCGGAGCGGGGCCCCGGCUUUCCCCGCCCCUCCUGCCGCCAUCUUUGGAAGGUCAAGCGAGCCGUCCCCGUCCCGCCGCGUCGCUGUCUCGUCCCGCCGCGUUCCCGCCGCCUCCCCGUGCUUCCCCGCCGUCUCCACUCUGACACGAUCCGCCCCCGUCCCGGACCCCCUCCGCUGCAGGGAAAUGCAGGAGAACGCGAAAGCAUCGGGGCAGAGCAGCCGCUGGAGGUGCCCGAGCCGUCUCCCCCUUGCCCGCAGGGCCGGAGUUGCCCACCGCCGGCAGCUGACAGCUACGCUGACAGCACGGGCGGCUCCGGCACACGCUUUGCCUCGCUGUGUUCCGGUGCCGUGCUGCUGCGGGAGGACGGGGCCAGCGCUCCAAAGGCCAGAGCAGAGCGCUGGCGAAUGGGAGGCGAGGAAGGCUUGGGCUAAGGAUGGAUUGCAACCGGGCUGCCUGUCCGUGCUGGAGAGUGGGAGAAGGGUCCCUGCUGGCUGCCGUGUCCUGGGUGGGCACAGAGCUCUGACCUCGGCCAGAUGGGCUGUUCGGUUUCUUUCUCACAGGUUUCCGGGUGUUUUGAUCCUGACGUCGCCAAAGCCUCAGGCUUCUCUCCCUGGGCCCUUGCCGUUGCCGUAUCUCUUGGAUGCCGUGCAGAACGGAAUCAGGCAGCCAAGCCUCAGGUUCACCUUCUCCCUCACCCUCUGCGCUGCUCGUGUGGCACAGCAGAUCCUGAAGCCAGAGGAGCACGUGUACAUAAGGGUAAAGAGAUUCCUUCUGUCACACCGGUAUUUGGACCUGAGGAAGGUACCAGGUUUUCUCCAGCUUUUCUACAGUUUUGAUUUUGAGUACAAAACAGCACGAGUGGAUCCUCAGAUUUCUUGGGGAAGGGCUGCGUGACAAACAUUGCUGUGAGCUCUAUGUCUACCAGAGGAUUUUCCGGGUCAUUCUUUCCUUUCUCAGCAGUCCUUUGUGUGACCAGGGCUCCCAGAGUCCUAUUCUGGAGAUACGACAGAGUGCUGCCCGUGUCACCUCUAGAGCUGCCCAUGAGCCGAUAGAGGAUCACAGCCUCCUCUCGUGGGUCCUGCACGGCUUAGAGAAAAGGUUUCUGGAGAACCAGGUGAUAAAUAAAAUGAUUUCCUUACUCCAUCCUUUGUGGCUAAUAAAUUUAGGAGACAAGAGAGAAAACAGGAAUCGAUCCCAGAUGCUGCUGUUGAGAUGGGUAUAUGAUCUACCUGUAUAUAGAUAUAUGCGUAUCUAUCUAUAUCUGUGUAGUGAUAAUAAUGGGAGUUUUUAUGAUACGUUGCUUUACUGUCUUCUAUUUUUAAUAAAGUGCGAUUUUAAGUUAUUAGGUAUAACAUUUUAUUCUGCUUAUUGGCUAAAGUAACAUUUUCUUGUAUUUUAUUGGUAUCAAGUCAUGUUAAUCAUUAAUUGGUAAGAGUUUAUAAUGAAUUAUUAAGGUGUGAAUAUUGUUCAUUAAGGUACGUCUUUUUUUUACUGUAGGUAUUUUCAUGUGUUCGUAUGGGUUUUUAUGUUAAUGAUUUUGGGUUUUUGUGUUAUGAAUAUAUUAGUAUUUUAUUAGGGUUUUUUUGGUUAGUUUACUUGUUUGGUGUGUAGAUCACUCCUGUUAAGUAUGUUUAUCUAUAUAUGUUUUAAAAUGUAAGUUAUAAAUCUACUUGUUAAGGAUUUUUGUAGAGUUCUAUGUAAAAAUUUAAAUCGGUAGGGGAGAUAAAAAGCAGUAAUUAUUAAUAAGAUGAGUAUUUUAGUUUUUAAUAAUGAUUUAAGUUAUUCAGCGAUGUUUUAAUUUUUGAAAAUAUUAUUUAGUUAUUUUUUAUGUGUGAUUGAUUAAUUUUUAAAAAAAAAAUUAGUAAUGUUUUUGUAAAUUGAUUUCUUGUGAUUUCAUCAAUUUAUAUAUUUUUAAAAAUGUUUUCUAUUUAUGAUUGUGUGUGAAUAAUAAAAAAUGAACAGUUGUUUUAUUUUGUAAGGUAGUAUGUUUAAAGAUGUUCAUAUUUGGCAGUAAUUUAUUUAACGUUAUACAUGUGUUAUUGUUUGAUUUGGUUGGUUAAUAAGUAAGUUCAUUUGAUGUGCUUCAAGUGUGAGUUGUAGUUAUUUUAGGUGUUAAAAGAGAUGUAGAACUAAUAGAAUUAGGUUGUUAAAAGGUUGUACGAUUUUGAUCCUGAGAAGUAAAUUUGUGUUGGAGUGAUUGGGUAUUUUUAGGUGGGUGUUCUUUUUUUGGUUUUUUUUUUUUUUGUUUGUUUUUUCUUUUUUUGUUUUUUUUUUUUUUUUUUUUUUUUUUUUUUUUUUUUUUUUUGUGUUUUGUUUUGUUUUUUUUUUUAUAUGUAUUAUUGUUAUGUUUGGUCUUAGUGGGUUAAUUGUUUUAAAUUGUAGGUUUGCUGUUUUGAGGUAACUUCUUUGUGGUUUGGGGGUUGUUUUGUAACUAAAUAUUGUACAAGUAUUUGUUUGUAAUGAUUUGAGUAAUUUUACUUUUGGUGGUUUACCUGUAAUUUGGGGUAUGAGUGUAUAAAUGUUAUUUGAAGAGUUUA